AUGAAACCACCGACAGAAUCAUCACACGGGAUGGCAACUCUCAAUAAUAAUCAACCCAUUCCUCCGUAUCUUCAAUGUGGUAUUUGUCACAAUGCUUUGGAUGAUCCUAUCAUUCACAUUGAAUGUCAAUUGUUAUUUUGUCAAAAAUGUGCAAAUAAUUCAACAGCCAAGUGUCCGCAAUGUCAAACUCAAUUCACAGAAUCAUCACUCUCUAAAACUGUUCCACGUUUCGUUACAGAUGCUUUACAACAAGUUACAAUUCCAUGUACAAAUUGUCAACAAAUGGUUUUGAGAAUUCAAAUGCAACAACAUUUACAAAAUUGUGAAAUUCCAUGUCGUUUGGGAUGUGGAUGUCGAGUCUCUCCACAACAUCAGCAACAGCACGAAAAGGAAUUUUGUACAAUGUUUCAAGUGAAAUGUUCAGAUUCAAAUGAAUGGUGUGAUUGGAAAGGUCCAAGAGGUGAAUUGAAAGUUCAUGAAAAUUCAUGUGUUUUCUUGAAUCAGAAAGAAAUGGUUUCAAAAUUUAAAGAAAAAUUAAAUGAACAAACAAAAGAAAUGGAAAACAAAAUGACCAUGCUUUUACAGGAAAUGGAAUUUAGAAAUUCGAAAAAUAUGUUUGAUCUAUGUAUGGAAAUCAAUAAGGAAUGGAUUUCCAAUUUGAAACUAUACAAGAUAUAUUUGGAUAAUUACAAAUACGAUGAUACUGGAAUAUUGCAUUAUUUCAACGAAUGUGAAUUUGUUGAAUGCACUGUGAAUUGCUGUCACAUUUUUCACACAUGCAUUUUUAAGAAUUGUCAACAAGUCCAUUGUCAGAGCGCGAAUGAAUGCACGUUUGAGAAUUGUGAAGAAUUGAAAUUUGACACUUUGACCAAUGUCACGAUCAAAAAUACAGCAAAAUUAAGAAUUUUAGAAGUACAAUAUGUCACACUCGAACAACUCAUUCUCCUUUCUGAACAAAUGAAAGAUCAACAUUUAGAACUGAAUGGCGUUAAGGGAACUUUUUGUGAAAAACCAGGAUGGUUGGAACAAGUUGCAAAAUAUCCAAAAAAAUUAACAUUCUCAAGCAUGACUCUUCAAAAUGUGACACAGAAAUCAUCAUCCACUCCAAAGAAUGUAGAGUUUACAAAUUGUCGCUUUAUCUAA